GCAGGGCCGGUCACCCUCGCCCCCUCCCUGCUCCCGUGCACGCCAGUGCAAGCCAUGUCCUAUCCUCAGGGUUACCUCUACCAGCCCCCUGGCUCGCUGGCUCUGUACUCCUGCCCGGCAUACGGGGCGUCGGCUCUGGCUGCCCCCAGGAGCGAGGAGCUGGCCAGGUCUUCGUCGGGAUCGGCGUUCAGCCCUUACCCGGGAUCGGCAGCUUUCACCGCCCAGGCGGCGGCUACAGGCUUCACCAGCCCGCUCCAGUACUCCACAGACCCCGCCACGGGAUUCCCCUCCUACAUGGGCUCCCCUUACGACGCUCACACGACGGGAAUGACCGGAGCCAUCAGCUACCAUCCGUACGGCAGCCCUGCCUACCCCUACCAGCUCAACGACCCCGCGUACAGGAAAAACGCUACCCGCGACGCCACGGCCACGCUCAAGGCCUGGCUCCAGGAGCACCGCAAGAACCCCUACCCCACCAAGGGCGAGAAGAUCAUGCUGGCCAUCAUCACCAAGAUGACCCUCACCCAGGUGUCCACCUGGUUCGCCAACGCCCGCCGGCGCCUCAAGAAGGAGAACAAGAUGACCUGGGCCCCGCGGAACAAGAGCGAGGAUGAGGACGACGACGAAGGAGAUGGGGCGAGGAGUAAAGAAGAAAGCUCGGGCAAGAUGCCCGAGAGCAACGAAACCUCCGCCGAGGACGAAGGGAUCAGCCUGCAAGUGGACUCGCUCACGGACCACUCGUGCUCCGCGGAGUCGGACAGCGAGAAGCUGCCCUGCAACGCGGGCGACCCCCUCUGCGAGUCGGGCUCGGAGUGCAAGGACAAGUACGAGGACGUCGAGGAGGAGGAAGAGGAAGAGGAGGAAGACGAGGACAUCGAGGAGGACGACGGCGGCGGCGGCGGGGAGCGCGGCCCGCCGGCCAAGACGGCCACCUCGUCGCCGCUGGCGGCCGUGGAGGCGCCGCUCCUGGGCCACCCUCACGCCGACGCGGCGCGCAGCGGCAGCAAGGCCUCGCCCGGGCCCCCGACUCCCGCCACCAAGCCCAAGCUCUGGUCGCUGGCCGAAAUCGCCACCUCGGACCUUAAAAACCAGCAUCUGGGUCCCAGCUGCCAGCCACCGGCUCUGUCCUCGGCCACCCCCGCCUCCACCCCGCACAGCGCUGCCUACUCGCCCUCCUCCCUCCUGGGGAGGCAUAUAUAUUACACCUCACCUUUUUAUAGCAAUUACACAAACUAUGGGAACUUUAACGCACUCCAGAGCCAGGGAAUCCUGCGAUACAGCUCCACAGCAGUGGCUUCAAACGAGGGACUAAGUCAGACUGUCCUAAAUGCCAGCUCUGUUCACAAGCAGAGCAGUGACUCUUUGAAAACCAUCACUAACCAACUAGAACAGCAUUACAGGCCCUCUAGUUAUGACUCUAAGAAAGAUCCCACUGAAGUCUGCACAGUAGGAGUACAACCAUACCUAUAGAAGUGCAAUCGCACAGCAAUGCAAGUAGGUGUCACAAUUGCUUUGAAAAAAAGUCAGCAAGCCAUCAUCUCUCCCCGAGCUAAUAUAUAUAACAAAUCUCUAAAUGCGGAUCACAUCUUGUGCCACUGUAUAAAAGAGGACCACAGAGCACUAUUAAAUCUUCAAACUCUAAUUAUUAAACCAGAAUUUUGUUGGACAUAUGUGAGUUUGCUGGUAUAGUAUAGUUUCCCCAAUGUAUGUGUGACUUUUGAAAACAGAUCUGUUUUUCUCAGGAUAUCUUGAAUUGAUCACUCCAUUGCCACGAUAUAUAUUCGAUAGGUGUGAUAGGAUUUAUUGUAAAAUUUAUUUGUAAAAGAUGUAUACAGUAGAGAUAAUAAAGAUGUGAUUGGAGAACUUGAGUCCUUACAAAGUGGAAACAGAUUUGAUAUUUAUUUUUGUAAUGAUAUAAAGCUUCUAGUAAUUUAUGCAAGUUGUAUUGCAAUGGAAUAUGAACUUUUUGUAAAUAAAUUUUGCCUGUUUUUUAUUUGAAACGUUGAUGGUUAUACAAUCUUUGGUUGUUUAAUGAGAAUUCUUUAC